AUGCGAAAGUUUCGCAACUCACUGUCAUCUAGCCAGCAGAUGGACAAAGCGAACGUGACCCUGGAUCCAGACACGGCCAAUCACCGACUCACAGUGUCUGCGGAUCGGAGAAGUGUGAGAUGGGAACGCACACGGCAGGAUCUGCCCGACAACCCUGAGAGAUUUGACACUGAGCACUGUGUGCUGGGCUGUGAGGGAUUCACUUCGGGCAGACAUACCUGGGAGGUGGAGGUGGAGGUGGAGGUGGAGGGGAGGGAAGUCUGUGAUGUGGGGGUGGCCAGAGAGUCUGUGAGCAGGAACGGAGGGAUCAGCCUUAACCCUGAGCAGGGGAUCUGGGCUGUGCGGUGCAGUGAGGAUCAGUGCUGGGCUCUCAAUAUGCAGUGCAUCCCCUUCCCCCCGAGCCAGGCACCCCCCAGGAUCCGGGUUUAUCUGGACUAUGAAGUGGGGCAGGUGGCGUUUUUCAUUGCCAGUACCGGGGACCCGAUGGUCACUUUCCCGCCGGCCUCUUUCGCCGGGGAGAGAAUCCGCCCGUUCUUCCGGGUUAGCACUACUGUCCCGCUCUGCUAUGCUGGGGCUAGUGUGCGGCUCCUCUAG